CCCGACUGCUACUACCGUUGAUACUACCUCCUGUAUGUCGUCGGCUGCAGGUGUACUCUGUGUAUUGGACGAACCGGUCCCCGAGCUGCAGAGGGUGGCUUUGAAGCAACUACUGAGCAUGGUCAAUGACUACUGGACGGAGAUAGCGGACUAUCUACCACAGAUAGAGUCAUUGUAUGAAGAUGAGUCCUUUCCCGAUCGGCAUUUGGCCGCUCUGUUGGCCAGUAAAGUGUUCUUCAAUCUAGAGGAGUAUAAUGAGGCUUUACGGUAUGCCCUUGGUGCAGAGGGUCUGUUGGAUGUGGCCGCCUCGAGGGGUGCAGAUGAAUACACUGAUACCAUCGUCUCGAGGGCUAUAGAUGCUUAUGUGAGGCAUAGGAAUAGAGGGGACGAAGAUGUCACUCAAGGGUCCACUGAGAAACGUGAUGAGUUUGACCCUCGCAUCGAGACGUUGGUGCAGACCCUUAUGAAAGACGCCCUGGCGAUGGGUGAUCUGAAGCAAGGACUUGGGGUGGCUCUAGAGGCUCAGAGGCUCGACUGGGUUGAGAAGUUUAUCACUUAUAAGGAGUCUAUGGUCGCUGAGAUGCUUCUAUACUGCAAAACGAAUGCCCUGGAAGUAGUGGAUGACCGUCAGUUCCGUAGCAAGGUGUUGGAGCUUCUCAUUAAAAUCUACAAGACCGUGCCAGCGGGUCGUGACCGUGACUGGGCUGGUUUGGCGCAAUGUUACUUCCUCCUGAACAAACCUGAGGAGGUUGGGACCAUGCUGAGGGAG